AUGCAGAUUUUGACAAACGACAAGUACAAGAGUAUAUGGCAUAGGGCUGUUGUGAACAACAAAGCUACAAGGAUAUCAAUAGCUGUUCCCCAUGGACCCUCACUGGACACACCAGCUUUACCAAUCCCAGAGUUGUUAGAGAGAGAAGGCCAAGCCCCAAAAUACAUUGGAAUGACAUAUGAGAAAUUCAUGGAGCUUCAAGCAAGCCCUGCUGGCGUCAGGAAACCUUGCUUAGAUCACCUGCGGGUCAAACAAAACUGA